GUAUACAUAUAGAGCACCAUAGAAAAGCGUAAAAGGGGUAAACAUAUACCGAGCACCAUUACCGUGUAAUAGUUGUUACGUAGAUUGUUUGCUGAGUGAAUUCUCUGUUUGUGCCGGUGGAUUUCAUGUGAAAAGAACCUGAAUCUAUUGCACUAAAUCCAUAACGCCGCCGCUACGGCGCAUUGUAAUCAUAACCAUGGCGGUUUCAUCGCAGAUAGACGAACUCGUGCGAACCGUCACACUUCAUAAUCCUCGAAAAUUACUAUUCACGGGUUAUAUAUUGCCCUCUGUGCUAUUACACGCUCUAUGGAUUUAUUGUUGGAUCUUUGUUUAUGGAAUUGACGAGUAUUAUGACGCGGGGCUAGUAGGCAUUGCGGCUAUAGCCUUAUUUCAGAUUUUCAUAUGUUUAUCUUGCCAGUGGUCGGUGCACAUACAUACUUUUUUAAAUUGUAGCUCGGAGAAAAAUACUUAUAAAGCAAAAAUAGCAAAAGUAGUUCCUACUCCCAACAAUGGAAGUUCAGAGCUUGUUAAACUGCAUCAUUCUGAGCAGCAAGAACCUUGGUUUAUAUUCCAAAAGACCAAGUAUCAUUGGAACCCUCAUAGGAAGUGCUUUGUAGGCCUUCAAUUUCCAACUAAUCAUUCUGUUAAACAUUAUUGCGAGUGGAAAGGGUAUUUAGAUGAAAAAGAAAUUACAGCUGCAGAGGAGAAAUAUGACAAGAAUAAAUUGGAUAUGGUGGUACCAGAAUUUAAAGAACUAUUCAAAGAAAGAGCAAUAGCACCAUUCUUUGUUUUUCAAGUAUUUUGUGUUGCACUAUGGUGCUUAGAUAAAUAUUGGUAUUACAGUAUAUUUACACUUAUUUUACUGAUUAUGUUUGAAUGUACACUUGUACAACAACAGCUUCGAAACAUGGCAGAGAUCAGAAAAAUGGGAAAUAAACCAUACAUGAUAAUGGUUUAUAGAAAUAGACGAUGGCGUUCCAUGUUCACUGAUCAAUUAGUACCUGGUGAUAUUGUCUCGAUAACAAGAUCUCAAAAUGAUAAUUUAGUGCCAUGCGACAUGUUACUAUUAAGAGGAACAUGUGUGGUUGAUGAGAGUAUGCUAACAGGAGAAUCUGUUCCACAAAUGAAAGAACCAAUAGAAGACAUUGAUGAUAGACGAUUGGAUAUAGAGGGUAAUGAUAAACUUCAUGUACUCUUUGGAGGUACAAAAGUCGUACAACAUUCUUCACCUAGCAAAAAUGUGUCUGGCCUUAAGGCUACUGAUAAUGGUUGUGUAGCCUAUGUAUUACGUACUGGAUUUUCAACAUCACAGGGUAAACUUUUGAGAACAAUACUAUUUGGAGUUAAGCGUGUUACAGCUAAUAAUUUGGAAUCAUUUGGCUUUAUCUUAUUUCUAUUGGUUUUUGCAAUUGCUGCAGCGUCGUAUGUAUGGAUUAAAGGAAGCGAGGAUCCUACGCGAAACAAAUAUAAAUUAUUUUUGGAAUGUACACUUAUUCUAACCUCUGUUAUCCCUCCAGAAUUGCCUAUCGAGUUAUCGUUAGCGGUGAAUACAUCUUUACUAGCUUUGGCGAAACUAGGUGUAUUCUGCACCGAACCUUUCAGAAUUCCGUUUGCCGGAAAAGUUGAAAUUUGUUGCUUCGAUAAAACUGGUACUUUAACUAGUGACAGCUUGAUCGUUGAGGGUAUAGCAGGAAUCGAGGGAAAUGCAGACGUUAUGCAAAUUUCUGAUGCGCCUUUAGAGAGUAUUCAAGUACUUGCAACGUGCCAUUCUCUUGUACAUUUAGAUGACGGAAUUGUUGGAGACCCGCUUGAAAAAGCUACAUUGAGGGCUAUUAAAUGGACCCUCACAAGAAAUGAUUCUAUGAUCUCAAGAAGUUCACAGUCUCCCGUCUUAAAAAUAGUACAGAGACAUCACUUCUCUUCUGCGUUAAAACGAAUGUCGGUCGUAGCGGGAUAUACGAUACCUGGGUCAUCAGAAAUUAAUUUCAUGGCUACUGUGAAAGGAGCACCAGAAGUUAUUAAAAACAUGUUGUCGUCUGUACCAGCAAAUUAUGACUCUACCUAUUUGUCGCUUUCUCGUCGUGGGGCAAGAGUAUUAGCUUUAGGAUAUCGAAAACUCCGUGGUCCUUUAACGUCUCAAGAUCUUAGAGAAUUAACGCGAGACAAAUUAGAAACAAAUCUUAUUUUUGCUGGAUUUGUAAUUAUAAGUUGUCCACUUAAACCUGAUUCUAAAGCUGUUAUUAAAGAGAUCGUGAAUGCUUCGCAUUCGGUUGUUAUGAUUACUGGCGAUAAUCCAUUAACGGCUUGUCACGUCAGUUGCGAGUUACACUUUACGAAAAAACCAGUCAUAUUUAUAUUGACUGCGUAUGCCGGGGAGUGGAUAUGGGAAAGCGUAGAUAGAAAGAUAAAUUUGCCUUUAAGUAUGAAAAAUGUUGAACGUGGUAAUGAAAUUUGGCGGGAGUACGCUCUUUGUAUAACAGGAGAGGGUUUAACAUAUUUAAAAGAUAAUGAUCGAGAACUUCUCCGUAAAUUACUACCACACAUUGUAAUUUUUGCAAGGUGUGAACCGAAACAAAAAGAAUUUAUUAUUAUUUCGUUACAAAACUUAGGAUACACGACUUUAAUGUGCGGAGAUGGUACUAAUGACGUUGGUGCUUUGAAACAUGCUCAAGUGGGAGUCGCAAUCCUUUCUAGUCCGCCCGAAAGAGCAUAUUCAGAUACACAAGGUAACGCAAAAAACGAGACCUUACUCUCAAAUUCGGCAAUAUCUAAUGAUCCGAGAUUAAAUUUGAGAGUAUCCGGCAAUACUAAAGUAAGGAUUCAGAAGAUAUUGAAAGAACUAGAAAAGCAAGAACAAUCUGUUAUUGUUAAACUUGGGGAUGCUUCGAUUGCUGCACCUUUCACUAGCAAAAUGUCGUCGAUUCAGUGCAUAUGCCAUGUUAUCAAGCAAGGACGGUGCACUUUAGUCACGACUUUACAAAUGUUUAAAAUUUUGGCAAUUAAUGCAUUGGGGCUUGCAUACAGUCAAUCCGUUCUCUAUUUAGAUAAGAUAAAGUUCAGCGACGUGCAAGCUACAUUACAGGGUGUUCUUUUGUCUACUUGCUUUUUAUUUAUAUCAAGAUCUAAACCGUUGAAAACAUUGUCUAAACAAAGACCUCUUCCAAACAUUUUUAAUCUGUACACUAUAGCCACUGUAUUGCUACAAUUCGGUCUGCAAUUUGUCUCUCUCGUGUAUUUGGUAAGGGAAGCAACUAUAUUAUCUCCAAGGAGUGAUAAUCUGACAGCUAUAUUAGCUUCAAAUAAUUCAGUCAAUCAAAAUACGGCCUUACAUACAGAUGUUAAUGAUGAAAAUAAACCUUUUGAAGCAAAUUUGAUAAACAGCACAGUUUAUAUUAUUACUAUGGCACUUCAAGUUUCUACUUUUGUUGUUAAUUAUCGGGGUCAACCAUACAUGGAGAGUUUAAUACAAAAUAAACCUUUGCUAUACAGCCUUAUAGGCAGUGCAGCUGUUAUACUAGGAUUAUGCGGCUUUUCACCUGUUUUAGCAACCCAAUUCGAAAUUGUGGAAUUUCCAAGCGAAUUCCGUACUCUUUUACUUCAAAUACUAGUAGCAGACUUUAUCCUUGCAUAUAUGAUCGACAGAGCCUGUUUAUGGCUAUUUGGAGAAGCAAACCAUCAAAAACUGUGAUUAGAACACGAUUUUCGUAUUCCAUAAAAUUCAAAAAUAUGUGAAAUAUUAAAUAUACAAUUUUUGUUUUGUUUCACAAAGAGUAAAUGGAAAUUCACGUAUAAUUAUUUCUGUACUUUAUGAAUUGUGUCAUUGUAUUUCCAUGUGAAACAAUAUUUGUUGAAAGACUGACUAAAACACCAUUUCAAGAUCAUUACUCAAACAGAUGUUCAUUUCGUUAACUACUCUAUAUUAGUGAUACAAAAAUUAAUAGUACUUAUAAUUCUUUGUGGAACAAGGUAAUUAAAACAAUUUAUAUAUAUAUAUGUAUAACAUAAUAUAUACGUAUAUGUAUAUGUAUACAUAUUAUGUUAUACCCGCAUGUGGUAUGUUUGUAUUAACGAGUGUAGGUAUUACUAUGCAAAACGAAAUAGAAAAAUGAACACGUGAUGUGAGUAUGUACAAAUAGUAAGUAAAUAAUUAUUACAUGAUGUCACAGUUAUUAUGUUAUUGUUUUGCAAGCGUCGUAUUUGUAUCUUGAUACCCCGAUUUCUUAAUAUCCAGAAAAUAUUUAAGCUAUUCUAUUACCUCAUAAGCAUACAAAGAAAAUCAUUGCAAAUCAAAUUUGGCAAGAAGCAAUUUUCCAGAGUACCAUGCAUAAUGUGUUAUAAAUGUUUAAUAUUAUGAAAGGUCAACAGAAACUAUUACUAUCAUUUGCAACAUCGUUUAGCAAAUAAAUAUUUUCACAAACACAACAGCCAUGUAUGUACUUACAUACAUCUGAACUAAUUGUGAAUUCAAGAAAUAAAUAUAAGGUUAAAUUUAAUUUCUUCUUUUUAUAUUUCAUAUUUACUUCCGUGUAAUUUAAAUAUAGAACAAGCCAAAAUUUACAUUCUAUGUCUAAUUAGAUAAAUUAAUAAUGAUAUUUACCAUCACAGAUAUACUGUUGUUAAUACUAAUGAAAAUGAUUAUGGUAUUUGCAAGUUUUCAUAUAUUAUUCAUCCCACUAAGGUGUGGUGGUAAUUAUAAACUUUUUAUAUAAACGUUACAAAUUUUGUACACAAAAUUAUGCAACAUUUUGAGCUUCUUGAACAUCACAAAUUUCUUGAAUUAUAAAAAAUUAAGUUUGGAAUGUGUUAUAUAUAGUACAUUAAUUUUAUACAUAAUGUAAUGUCAUCACUCUAUGUUAAGAUUGCAGUAUUUUGCCUAAAAUAAGCAAAGUUGAGAAAGUAACGUAAUUUUCUCGACUGUCGAGACUAUGUAAAAUUAUUACAUUCAAACAUUCCAACUUUUUGAAAGUUUCACGCAUUGUGAUUGAAAAGACAAAUGUUCAGAUUUCGAAUACAACAUCCCUUUCAUUUCGACGCGAAAGAGACAUUGUUUUGAUCUGAAGAACAAAGGUUACAAUACACACGGAACGUAGCGAGUUUCAACUACUGCGUGUACCUUAAUUGAU